AUGUCUGAGAACCACCCGAUUCAAGCACCAACCGAUGAAGAGUUGGAAGAACUGACCCAACUACGGACCCGGCCGCUCGAGCGAGCCUUUUACCGCGCAACAAUCGUGCGCGAGGCCCAGGAGAUCCUAGAUUGCUAUGACUUCCUUCUGAACAUCAAUCAGUAUAUCCUCUACCCGGAAUACCUGGAGCUAGUGAUAAAUCUUCUUCGCCAAAGAUGGAUCAUCCUUUUGGAUAUGUUAAGCGAACUGCGAGCCGAAGAGGAACGCGACCAGGAGACGGUAGGGCUUUGGGAGGACUAG